UAGGCAACAAACCGACAAUAAAUAAAAUUGCGCAGUUAACUUUGCUGACAGAAUAAAAUUACUCACCUCCGUAAUUUUCAAAUUAAUUUCUCCAGUUGUCCUGAAUCGUAAAAUGGCCUCUUCAUCUAAACAGUCUACUUUUGAGUCACCCUUGAUUUACGAAACCUGCCUGGGUAACGGCUCGUUCGGCAUAGUCAUAAAAGCCUUGGAUUCAUUUUCGACUGCCACCGCAGUAAAGUUUUUAUUCCCAUCCACCGAUCCUAAUGAUUCCAAGCAGCUAGCAAAUAUUUCUCGCGAGUGUGCCAUUUCCCGUACACUAGCACAUCGCAACAUUGUGAAAGUGUUUUCGGUUAUUGACCGUAAAUUUUCCAUGCUCGAACUGGAAAACAUAUUCCCGGAUUCAAUAUUACAAAACGAGGAACAAAAAGCACUAAAAGAUACAUUUCUCGGCAAAGCAAAGCGGGAAGGAGAAAUUUCUGUAAUUCAAAUCCAAAUGGAACUAUGCGGCGAGAACUUACGAAAGUGGCUAAAUUCUCCUGAUUCGAAUAAUAGCCGAAGUCUUAAUAGAGUUCAACUUACGAUCGUACAGAAUCUUGUUUCUGGUUUGGACUAUUUGCACGACAAACAAAUUAUUCACCGAGACUUUAAACCAGAAAAUGUUAUGUUCUCUAAGGCUGGAUUCGUACUUCCGGUAAAAAUUGGCGAUUUUGGGCAUUGUCGAAACAUUCAUUCCGUCAGCAGCAGAACCAAUAAUUUAACAAGUGGGGUGGGGACACAAGACUACAUGGCGCCAGAAGUCUUCACGAACAACUAUGGCUCUCAGGUUGACUUGUAUUCUCUGGGGCUCGUGAUCUGGGAGGUUAUCGAGCCGAUUUCAUCCCGCAAAAGAAAAAACCUUUUUGAUCGCCUCGUGAACGAUAAGGAAGAAAAAUUAGUUCCUAAUUAUCCUAAUUUUCCAGGCGGUGCUCAAAUAAUCAUAAAUUUAACUAAACGAGGGGUUACAGAAAGGCUGCAGAAUAUAAAGCAGGUCAUGACCUUCUUAAAUGAAAUGGAUUCAAACUUCUCAGGCGACACCAGAAGUAAGGAAAGUUUAAUUCUGGACAUAAUUGAUAUGUCUUCCGAACGUAGUCAGAUCGAUGCUAAAAUUAUUGCAUCAACCAUCCGAGGGGAGCCUGUCCAAAUCGUCAACUUUAGACGCUUUCGCAAUCAACGGUCCCAACUCAUCCUGAACAGAAAUAAUCUAGAGGUGAUCCUCCGUCAGGUAGGAAAUACCCCCAUCUGCCUCAUCUCCAUCGCCGGUGCAUCUCGUCGAGGUAAAUCAUUCCUCCUCACCGUCAUUCUAAACGUGCUGGAAUGUUUAUCACGAGGACAAACGGAUUACUGGGACCAUCUCGACCAGAUGAAUAGCUUGAGCGGAUUUCAUUUCAGAAAUGGCAGUGAACCUGACACUGUGGGUUUAUGGUUAUGGUCGAAACCAUUCAUCAUUACGAAAUCGGACCGUACUAAAAUUGCCGUGAUGCUGAUGGACACCAAGGGAAUAUUUGGCGCCUUCCCGAACAAAAGAGACUGGGUCAUGAUUGUCGGUCUCAGCCUCCUCACCUCUUCCUGCCUGAUCUACAACUUAUUCUCCAACAUACAGGAAGACGCGUUGAAAAUACUUCACAAUUUUGUCGAAUUUGGAAUGCUUUAUCUAGAAGAGGAUCCCACUGCGACGAGUGUCUUUCAAAAACUCAUCUUUCUCAUACGGGACUGGGGUUAUCCUAACCAUUGCACUUACGGGCCGCUUGGUGGUUCCAAGUUUCUAGAGGAGCAACUGGCCGUAACUCCCAACAUGCCAUCGGAAAUUAAAAGUGUGAGGCAAACGCUGACCACAUGUUUUGAAGAUAUUUCCUGCUUUCUCAUGCCCAAUCCGGGCGAGGCUGCAAACGAGCAUAACUUUUCCGGAGCUUUGAAUACUCUUAGUAAAGCAUUUCGUGAAAACUUGCGCAUCUUUGUGGACAAUUUGAUUUCAUACGAUGACCUAAAACCAAUCAAAAUCGGGAACAAUAUCAUUGACGGGCCCGGCCUGGCAACUUAUUUUGAAAAAUACAUCCAAGUUUUCAACGGUUGUGGGAAACGACGGUUGUGGGAAACGAUCCCACAACCAAAGUCGCUUUAUCGAGCCAUGGAGGAAGCCAGGUUGCAUUUGUGCGUUACAAAAUGCAGCAACCAGGCCAAGGAGAAAUUGGAAUUGUUACAAAAAUCAUGCGAGUACAUCCCAAGCCAUGAAUUCAAGCUGACUUGCGACAAGUUUCGGAGUGAAGCUGUGACAGAGUUCAUGGCGGAAGGGAACAGGCGUAAAAAUCUAGUGUUGGUCCAACCAUAUCGUGCCAUACUUUUGUCGAAUUUAGAAUCUUUAUUUGAAGAAAGUUUUGCCACAAAUGAGGCAUCCAAGAACGCCAUUCUGAAUCAAAUCGUGGAUACCCACUUCGCACAGUAUAAGUCAAUUUUGGUAGAGAAAACGCGACAAACCCUCCUCGAACAAGACUUGGAUGACAUAUUGAAUUCUGCAGAGAACAGCUUUUUGCUAAAUGUUGCCCAAAGUGUAGGAGGAAGAGAUGCCGAAUUUCAGAGAGAGGCUGAAACCAAGAUUAAAGAGUUAAUGAGCACGGAAAACACAGCAGUGCGACGCCAAAAUUCCGCUACAAUGAGGGAAAUUGAUUUUGCAUAUGCCAAAAUUUAAUCCAAGAAUACCACAGUCUUAUGAUCCUUGGUUUGGGCAACGAUCUAAAAAAUGUCACUAUCGAAAAACUCAUUCAAACUCACAAAACGUGCGAGUCCACUGUCCUUCCCAAAUUCCAAGGUCGCCUCGAACACGAGUCACAAAUAAUCCAUGACCACUUUCGCACUCAAUUCAACUCUGAAAUCAAUCAGGUUCUACGUGAAUAUGAAAAAAUAAUCAGUACAGCUCGAGUCCAAGCUCUACUGAUAAGUAGAGCUUGAUAGUUUUGAUUUGAACGCACUUGUUGUUUUUAUUGUUGUUAGUCCCGUAUGCAAGUGUCAAUAGAGAUCAAUUCAUUACAAAUUGGUUUACACACCCUUAAACGAUUAUAGCUAUAUCUCUGCAAGGCACGUAACUAAUUAUUUUAAUAUGUAUAUUAAAAUAAUUAGUUAAGUUAGUUUCUAUGUGUACAUAGAAAGAAGAAAUUUAGUAACCAAAUCCUGGGCACUAAUCGUAACUCUUUUAAUAUUCAGUGUGAAUAAACCACUUCCAAAAAAACCUCGGGGGAGGCUUGCUUAAAUGAAGAAGACAAGCUUUUAUCAUCCUGCACUAAAAUAAUGUACUAACUAAGUGUUCAUCGCAUGGUCUGCAGCUUCCGGUAAAUAUGCAAGCCAAGAAAUGAUAUGGACCAGUUCUCACCCUUGCUGUACUCAUGCAGUAAAUAAUCCAUAUAUGGAAUUAUACGCAAUUUUAUUUUCUCCCAUUUUCAUAUCGUUUGCCAAGUCGAAACCAAACGUUUUAGAGAUGUAUGAGGUUGGACAACUUUUAUCAUGCAUAUAUCUGUACGAUAAAAGUCAAAUAUCUGUAUGCAUUUGAAUUUUUAUGUCCUGCGUUAUUCUCUAAUAAAUAUAAAGUUGGUAGUUCAAGA